AUGAUGAAGAAGACAUCGAUCAACGACGACAAGCGCGGCUUCUACGAACAAGUCAUCCAGCGGCACCUGGAGAAGGGACCCGUCGAGCACGACUACACUUUCGGAUUCCUUAGCGAGCUGCUCGAAGAUGCUCUGGACUUGAUGGACGGAUCCAGCCGCGUCGAGUACAUUUCUCCGGCCAUCAACAUUUGCGGAGACAUCAGAAGUCGUUAUGGAGAUCUUCUCGACGCAUUCAGAGUUUGUAAUAGUCACGUGCUUGACGAGAAUUCAUUCCAUUUCAGACCUGCGGCUGGCCGUUCGAACAAAAGUACCUGUUCCUCGGCAACGUCAUCAGCGGCGGCAAGUUCACGCUGGAAGUGCUCGUGCUGUUGCUCUCCUCCAAAAUCUGCUACCCCGAGAACGUUGUGAUGCUGAGAGGCUACUUCGAGGACGAACUCGUCCGCUCGGACAGAAGUUUCAUCGGCGAACUGAGAGUGAAGUUCCCCGACGCGAACAAGUGGCAGUCGCUGAACUCGUCGAUCAAGGCGCUCCUCGGAAGGCUGCCGCUCGUCGCCAUUCUCAAUCGCAAAUUGAUUUGUGUGAACGGAAUGGUCUCGUCGAACAUCAAGGACGAGAAGAAUGUGGUGAUCGUCAAAAAUGGGGCGGCGUUCGAGAGUCACAACACGAGGCUCGAGGUGCAAUUCCCAGAUAUCGACGCCCCCGCUUCGAUCACUCCCAACAAAAUCGGUAAAAGAUGUUCUGCCGAAUUCUCUACAAUUCCGUGUUGCAGAAGAAGACUCAAAAGAGAUGCGGGAGCUGCUGAAAUCGGUGGAGAUGAGUCUGAUUAUCAACUCGAACAACGUGAUAAAGCACGGUUAUCAGUUCUCUCUUGGCCACCAGCUGCUCACGAUCACGUGCGGAACAAAGAUGAUCAAGACGACAAACAAUCGAGGAGUCGUUAUGAUGGUCAGAACUGUUAAAUGAUCACAUGUCUGUCUGACUAUUAUCCUAUUGCCUCGACCCUCAGAAAUGCAAGUUGUGGCCGUGGCUUAGAAAAAUCGUAUUCCCGUUUUUUUUUUUUGCGUUCGGCACAGUCUUCAGACCCUGAAUUUAACUGCGUGCUGUUCGGUUUAUAGGCAUUUCUGAGAGUUGAGUGGCAAUGAAAGAAAAGUUCGACAGAUACUUUGGAGGCUUCAAAAGUACUUCGGUCAAAAUGAAAUAGUAAAGUUAGAAUUUUCAGAUGGAUCGUCACAACAAAGUGACGUUCAAACGGAUUCACGGACUGGACGCCGACGAGCGCGCUGAUCUGGCGGACUGGGUGCUCCGUUGA